AUGAGGUCAGUGUCGACCUUACUUUCCCAAGGCCAUUUGCUCCCAGCGCUGGUCUUGGCGGUGCUCCUCGUUGACUCCCUCGGUGAGGAUUUACUUUUCCACCCGGAGUGGGGGUUUGACUCGUAUGAAAUCACCAUCCCCAAGAAGCUGAGCUCCAGGGGAGGGCAGCAGGUUGGGACCAAACACAUGUCCUACCUCCUGCAGUUAAAAGGCAAGAAGCAUGUCCUCCACCUGUGGCCCAAGAGGUUUCUGUUGCCCCGGCAUCUGCCGGUUUUCUCCUACACAGAACAGGGGGAACUCCUGGAAGAUUACCCUUAUAUACCCAGGGACUGCAACUAUGUGGGCUUGGUUGAAGGAGCUGAGGAUUCUGUGGCUACUUUCAGUACAUGCACAGGGGCUCUCCGAGGCAUAUUGACAAUUGAUGACAAACAUUACCAAAUGGAGCCCCUCAAGACCUCUUCCAGUUUUGAACAUAUCAUAUAUUUUCUGAAGAACGAGGAGGAAUUUCGGGAUCAUAUCUGUGGCUCAACAAAUGAUAUGCCACAGCAUACGGCAAUAGCCCAGCUAUCGCCUAAGAAUAUGGCUAGGAAGAGUGACGUUACUGGACCCUCUGUAGGCCAAAAAUACUUCGAAUUAGGCCUGCUCUUUGACCAUGACAGAUUUUUGUUUUCUAAUUCCAAUCUUACUGAUGUCACAGAUGAUGCCAUUCUUCUGACUUCAAUUAUGGACACUUACUUUCAGGAAAUCCGUACAAGAAUACACCUGAGUGCCCUUGAAGUAUGGACAGAUAGAAACAAAAUAGAUCUUACUAAUCCAACUUUACAGAAAACUUUAGGCCAAUUUUUGUUAUACCAAAGAAAUGUACUUAGUUCUAAGCUUACAGUAGAUUGGGCACAACUAUACAUUAAAAGACAUUAUAUCGAUGCUCUUGCAUGGUCCUGGGGAAAAGUGUGUACUGAGAGAUAUGCUGGAUCUGUAAGUGUUUUUCCAGAUAAAAAUAUCCUUGGACCUGCCACUUGGGGUGCUCAUAAUCUGGGUCAUAGUUUGGGAAUGGCCCAUGAUGACGAAUACUGCAGAUGUAAGGGUAGGCGUACUUGCAUUAUGGGCACUGGACGAACCGGAUUUAGUAAUUGUAGUAUUAUCCACUUUUUUAACCACGUACACAGAGAAGCAAGUUGUCUAAAUAAUAUCCCAGGACAAGAUUAUGUGAUUAAGAGAUGUGGAAACAAAAUUGUGGAAGACUAUGAAGAAUGUGACUGUGGUUCAUUGGAGGACUGUGAAGAAGACCAUUGUUGUGAGCCAGGCUGUAGACUCAGACAAGGUGCCAACUGUAGCACUGGACUCUGCUGUUAUAACUGUCACUUUCGUCCGUCUGGGUAUGUGUGUCGGAAGGAAGAAAAUGAAUGUGACCUUGCAGAGUACUGCGAUGGUGCUUCAGCUUUGUGUCCAAAUGACACGUAUAAGCAGGAUGGAACCCCGUGCAAGUAUGAAGCUCGUUGCUUCAGGAAGGGGUGUCGGUCCGCAUACAUGCAGUGCCAAAGCAUUUUUGGGCCUGAUGCCAGGGAGGCUCCUAAUGAGUGCUAUGAAGCGGUUAAUUUAGUAGGCGAUCAACAUGGGAACUGUGGUAUUGUGGGAGCUAGUGACUAUGUAAAGUGUACCAAGACAAAUGCGAUAUGUGGCAGGAUACUGUGUAUAAAUGUCAACACCCUCCCUAGCUUGCCAGAUCAUACUAGUAUCACUUCCACUCAUCUGGGGGAUGAAAAUCUCCUGUGCUGGGGCUUAAGCUAUCGUCUGUCCUUGGUUCCCAUGGGAAUUCCUGACCUAGGUGUGGUAAACGAUGGUACCGCCUGUGAUAAGGAUCGGGUAUGUGUGAACACAACUUGUUUGAGUAAUUCAGUCCUGGAUUUUGACUGUUUGCCUGGGAAGUGCAACAACAGGGGCUUUUGCAACAAUAACAAAAACUGCCACUGCAUGUAUGGCUGGACACCUCCGUUCUGUGAGGACGAGGGGUACGGAGGAAGUAUCGACAGCGGGCCCCCGGGACUGCUGAAAAUGGAGGUGCCCGCCUCAGUUCAGGUCGUGACCCUCAUGGUAACGCGCCUUACUUUACUAUUCAUCUCGGUGGUUAUCGUGUUUUUCAGUGGGUAUAUAGGAAGUUAUUUUAAACCCAAAGAAAAGGAAACACCACCAGCUGACACUGAAGAUGCAAAACCCAAGGCAAAAAAAGUAAGAAUAGAUCAACCCUCGAUCAGGAAAUCCACAAGCUUUUGA